GAGGAUGUGCACGAGGACGUGCCAGAUCUAUACUUGACACUAUAGAAGCAUAAAUAUAUGUAUCAGAUCAAAUCCUAGCUGUUUAAGAAGGAUAUCACAGUAAGUUGAUCAUGGCUGGUCCUCAGAGCGGCUCAAACGUAACGCGUAAUUUCACAAAUCAAUUCGUGCAGCCGCCGUGGCGCGUCGCGAUCUGGUCGGUCGCGUACAGCUCCGUGCUGGCGGUCGCUGUGUUCGGUAACCUCAUCGUUAUUUGGAUCAUUUUGGCUCAUAAACGGAUGCGCACGGUGACCAACUAUUUCUUGCUCAACUUGGCGUUCUCCGACGCCUCGAUGGCCGCCUUCAACACGCUCAUCAACUUCAUUUACGCCACGCACGGAGAGUGGUACUUUGGAGAGGUUUACUGUAAGUUCCACAACUUCUUUCCCGUGACCGCUGUGUUUGCCAGCAUUUACUCCAUGACAGCGAUUGCAGUCGACAGGUACAUGGCCAUAAUUCACCCUCUAAAGCCUCGUCUGUCAGCUACCGCUACUAAAGUGGUGAUUGUCUGUAUUUGGGCCCUGGCUGUGAUUUUGGCCUUCCCGCUGUGUUUCUACUCGACCACGAGAACUAUGCCUCGCAGAACCAUCUGCUACGUCGCCUGGCCGAGACCUUCUGAGGAUUCGUUCAUGUAUCAUAUCAUAGUAACGGUGCUGGUGUACAUGCUGCCCCUAGUGGUCAUGGGUAUCACCUACACUAUAGUCGGGGUGACACUUUGGGGAGGAGCGAUUCCUGGAGAUUCGUCGGACAGUUAUGUUGGACAGUUACAUGCCAAAAGGAAGAACAUGGAAGAAUGUCAGCUCUGAGCUUUUUGUGACACGCGCUCACACACGUGGGACAGUGAUAGGUCCCUCUCAGGGAUUAAUCUGGG